AAUUUCUUCUUAUCCUUUGAAGAAUUAGGAAAUGAAUAAUUUCGAAAAAGGAAAAUAAGAAAGAAAACGAAAAACGGUUUUGAGAGAAAGGAUCAAAUUCAAACAAAAUUCCCAAAAAAAAAGCCCUAAUUUCCCAACCACGAAUCGCCCUCUUCGAUUUCCCUCCAAAUCAGGAACUCUCUUCUAAAUAUAGCUCUGCAACUUCCUCAUCAAAUUACCUUCCACCGAAGAUCGCUCCAGUUUUCACCUAUAAAUCAAGUGCAUUCCAUCUCAUUUUCCUCAGGCAGCAAUUUCCAAAUCGAAGGCGUUUUUCGGCGAUCCUUCUUGUUCGAUUCAUCUCACCGAAUAAAACACCACACAAAUCCAAAAAAAAAAACUGAAAAUCGCAAUGGAGAUGAAGAAGAUCGCCUGCGCCGUCCUCUUCGCUGCCGCAACCGUCAGCGCUGCCGUGGCUCACGAUGAGGCGUUGGCUCCAGCACCUGGACCAAGCAGUGGCGCCGCCAUUGGUCUCCCGGCAAUUGGCUCUGUCAUCGGGGCUUCAUUGCUCUCCGUCGCCGCUUACUACUUGCAAUAGUGGGAUUGAUGAAGGAGAGGAAAAGGAAUGAAGGGAGAUAAUACGAGGGAUUGGUUAAUGUGCUGCCGUCGAUAUUUAUAUAUUGGACAGAAUUUUCUGUGCGCUUAAUUGUCAGAUUUAUUAUUUUAUAUAUUUUGUUUUAAAUUUGGGAAAAUUUGAUGAUUAGUCAAUAAUACUUCUUUUUAAUUAA